AUGGAGCUAACAAAAAUUGUGGAAGCGCUAGCUGUACUGCUAAUAAUUGAAAGCAGCCGCGCUUCGGUCCACAGAACGGAUUCAACAGCAGCCAACGCCUGCCAAGCGGCAGACGACUUUGCGGCCAUAACUCGAGCAAUCAACAGGCAGGUCGCGGAGCUUCAAAACAAAAUUGACGAGGGACAUAGGACGCUACUAAAACUCACUGUAGCAGCAGUCGCUCAAUCCAGCAGGAAAGAACCAGCAGCAGCACUACUGCUAGCAGAAAGCGGCUCGAGGCUGCAAGCCGCGACCAUGCAACUAAGUAACAUCAAAGACCGAGCAGCAACGAUCGCAAACAAUAUAGCCAAGCUCGGAGGACUGCAAGAAGCGGUGGCCGAAUUGCUCAACGCCAAAAUUCCAGCAAAGGCACCUGCUGCAGUAGCUGCUGGCGCCGCAUUCGGGGUGGACGGCUUUGCAAUCCAGUUAGCAGGUGUCGGCGGCAAACAAUCAAUUUGCAACGAGCAUGAGAAACAGGCCCCCAGGAACAAGGAGGCUAAAGUCAAAGUGAAGAAUGCCUACCCAAUAACUUUUUACCAUGCUACUAAAGCCGACAAAACUUCAGGAACGAACGGCAACGGGCCAAGGGCGUGCGUCCGGGCCGACACGCUCACUACUGCCUGCGCGACCUCAAGCAGCGACCAAACGAACUUCCUAAUAACAGGUGGGCCGGUUACGAAGGCAGUACAGACACAAUACACCGCUACCCAAGAAGCCGCAACAAAGUACACUGCGCAAGCGAAGCAAACAACAGAGCAGUUUCCACCGCAGAACACAGUCGAAGCGCUUCUCAACGGUCUAAUCGAACUAGAAGCAGACCUAAACAAACUGAACUUUCAAACGUCAUCGCUUCUGCCGACGGAAACAAUAAAUGGUGAAGAAACGAAGCAGGCACUUUUACAAAUUUUAAAACCGGGUAUGGCGCGGGAAAAAGUGUCAGACCACGAAAAGCAGAUAGAAGAGCUUAAAAAGAAGCUAUUAAAGUCAGACAAAACGGAUGCAGGCACCAAAUUAUGGCAAGAGAUCGGCAAAACAACUUCGCCUGCAGUAGUAGCACAAAGCACCAAAGCCGAAGAAAUAAGUGGCAUAGAAGAUCUUGGAAAAUUAGCUGCGACACUGGGUCAUUAUCUUGUACAGGAGACUACGAAACCAUCUUCAAAAGAACAAUGCAAUUUCAACAAAGAGGAAACAGGCUGCGAUGGUAAAGAACAGGAUAAAUGCAACGGAAAAUGCGAAUGGAAAGAAAUAAAUGGAAAAGGUGAGUGCAAAUCCAAAACUGGAGAAGAGGGUGUGAAAGCAGAGAAUGAAGGAAAAACAACCACAAACACCACAGGGAGAAAUUCAUUUGCCAUUAAGAAGACCCCUCUUUUGCUUGCAUUUUUGCUUUCCUAA